AUGAGCAACGCAAGGAAGAACAGUACACACGAAGACGAUGAGGUUCAACAGUUGCUGCGAGCAGCGCAGGACGAUCUUCUUCUCAAACUCAGCGUCGAUUCCCACAUGGCGCGCGCCUCCUCCUCCUCUCGGACCUCCAUGGAUCCAGAUCUCGAACGCCGCUUCGAAUCCCUCAAAUCCAAACCCAAAAACACAUCAACUGCUGCUGUUUCAACUAUAACAGCAAUUGAUGAUGAUAAGGACCAAGUGAAAGUCAAUAUUACUAAUAAUAUUGGUGGGUUUGAGGAGGAUGAUCUGUUUGCUAGAUUUACGGCGCUCAAGAAUUCUAUUCCGUCUCAUAAUCGUAAAAAUGAUAUUGAUUCUUCUGAAGUUGUUAGUAGUCAGCAAGAAGAAGAGAAUGAUGAUGAGGAGGAUGAAGUAGAAAAGAAUGGAUGGUGGAAAAAAGGGCAAAAGGAAAUGAUCAGUGCUUCAACAAGGUUGCAUGCUCAAGUGUAUUUGCGUCAUAGUCUCCUCGAACAAUGA